AUUUGCUUUAAAUGCAGCUUUUGAAAGCAUUGAUUAUAAUCUCAUCCUUGCUAAAAUAAUAAUUGUUGAAUAAAGGGAAAGGCUCUCUCCUGGUUCUCUACACUCACUAAGAGUCCAUGUGUUCAUCAUGAAGCAAAAUCUUCUUCUCCUCCUUUAUUUUAAUGCUUUUGUCGCAUCCGUCCAACAAACAAUUUCCCGCAAUUAUUACAUGAUCCUGAUGAGGAAGUCGUGGCCUGAUGCACAGAAUUACUGCAGGAUGAUGUACACUGACCUGGCAAUCAUCAUCACUGAUGUUGAUUCUUUACAAUUAAAGAAAGAAGCAGCAAGAAAAAAACUGACAGAACCUGCCUGGAUCGGAUUGUACGAUGACGUCAAUAGUUGGCGUUGGUCCUUAAACGACAUCCUGCUGAAGAACAGCAUUUUUACGAACUGGAUUACUGGAGAACCUAAUAAUUAUCUUGCAAAGGAAUCCUGUGUUAUAAUAAUGAAUACAACUGGAUACUGGGCUGAUAAACCAUGUACAGAUUUCAGACCCUUCGUAUGCUACGAUGAUAAUCUCAGUGGAGCUGACAGGUUUAUCGGUGUGGCUAGUCCUCUGCUAAACUGGGCUGGAGCUCAGACUUACUGCCGAACACAUCACACAGACCUCGCCAGCUCUCUUACCAGCUCAGAUAAUGACUUCAUAACACAGGUGAUGACUAUCCAGGGGGAUUCCUGGUUUGGGCUGUACAGAGAGACGUGGAAGUGGUUAAACAACACCAACACAUCAAACCUCCCAUGGUAUCCUGGACAACCCAGUAAUAACUGGGGAAGUGAAAACUGUGCACCAGUUUAUAAAGGACUGUACAUUGAUGAAGAAUGCACCAACCUGCACUAUUUCUUCUGUUACACCAAUUCCCCAGUAAAAAAACAGGUGAUGAGGCUGCAGGUGAAGUCUGAUGGAAGUGUGUUUGAUCCUGCUGUCCAGUCGUUCAUUUUGGAGCAGAUGCAGAAGAAACUGGAGGAACAUGUCAUGCUUAAGAACAUCACACUGUCCUGGAGGUUGCAUCCGAAUGGAAAUAUCUUCUCUAGGCCAAAAAAAAUUCAGUAAAACAGUAGAGUGUUGACUUUGGGCUGUAAACUCUGUUAUGUAAUGUUUUGUCAUAUACUGUAUACAUACGUAUAUAUCAAAUUAACUUUUAUUUUGUCUAUAAUCUUCACUCAUUCCCCUAAAAGUAAAAAUGGAAAUGUCUGUAAAUGUAUUUAAAGAUAACACUGAAAUAUAACUGAAAUGUACUCAGUACUCAGAAAAAAGUAUUCAGACUGAUGAACCUUUGGCACAAUUUCAGCCUUUUUGUUUAAGUCUUUUUGUUUUGCAAACCUUGAUUAGGGGAUUUUCUGCCAUUCUUUAAGGCAAAUCCUCUCAAGCUUGUGCUGGUUGAAUGGGGAGUUUUGGUGGACUGCCACUUUCAGGUCUUUCAGAGAUUUUCAGUAGGGCUCAGGCUGGACCACUGCAAAACAUUCACAGGACCAUCCUUAAGCCACUUCUGUGUUGUCUUGACUGUGUGAGUAAGGUUGAGGUCAUGUAGGAUUGUAAACCUUCAAACAAAUUGAGGUCCUGAGUGCUGUGGAACAGGUUUUUAUUAAGUCUGGACUUUUCUCCAUCCAGCUUUGACCAGUCCUUCAGUCCUUGCUGCAGAAAAACACCUCCCCAGCUCCCACCAUCAUGCUUCACAUUUUGGAUGAUGCCUGUUUCCUCCAGACAUCACAUUUAAAAUCGAGGCUAAACAAUUUGGUUUCAUCAGACCAGAGAAUCUUGUUCCUCACAGUCUGAGAGUCCUUCAGGUGUUAGGUUUCAAACUUUAAAUGGGCUUUCGUGUGUUUUGCACUGAGGAGAGGCUUCUGUCUGGUCACUCUGCCAUAAAGCACAGAUUGUUGGAUGGCUGCAGUGAUGGUUAUCCUUCUGGAACUUUGUCCAUCUCCACACAGUAAUCUUUGGAACUCAGUCAGAGUGACCAUACAGCUUCAAAGGGUUUGAGUACUUUUUGAGUA